UCCAAGUAUCAGUUUUGACAGAGUCACUUCACCGGUCUGAUACAGCAAACAUGGCGUUUAAGCUGGUCCCCCUGCUUACAGUGUUGACGUUGGGUGUCAUGACUCGAUGCACGACGGCCCACAAGGCUCACUCCUUCCAGCAUUUCCACGGGCCGGUGGAAGGCGAGGGUGUGGAAGUCGUCUGGAAGGACAAGCACGGCCACGAAGACCACGACUUCAAGGCUCAUCCGAAGUACGAGUUUGCCUACGGAGUCGAGGACCACCACACCAAGGAUUUCCACGGGCAGAAGGAGCACCGAGACGGCAAGGACGUGGCCGGUGAAUACACCCUCCACGAGCCGGGUGGCAACGUCAGGACAGUCAAGUACCAUGCCGAUCACCACGGUGGAUUCCACGCCAUUGUCCACAACAGCGGUGGCAACGACCACUCCGGAGGGACUUACGGUGGACACGGACAUGGGCACGGACACGGACACGGACACGGACAUGAACACGGCCACGGCCAUGGCCAUGGGCAUCACUGAUCGAAAUUGAACGGCAACGGAACUGUGAUAAGAAACUUAUCCCCUUGAGACGUUAAUAAAUUAUUUUCACCCCUCC